AUGGCCGACGCGAAAGAUAUAUUGGGAUUGCCGAAGAAAGCGCUACCAGGCACACCUGGCAGAGCGGGGCUGGGAGGGGGCGCUGGAGUGCCGCGGGGAGUGCGGGGAAGGGGAAGAAGCGGGAGCGAGAUGGCGGAGGGCGGGCAAUUCCCGAGGGGAUCAGCAGAGAGGUGGGGAACGGAAAGGGGGGAAGCCGAGAGGUGGUUGCUGGGGAGGAUUGAGAGUGAAGAGGAAGGUCAGGAGGGAAGGGGGGGGGGGGAGAGGGGAGAUGUGGUGGAGAGGGUUAAAGUGGUGGACGGCAAUGUUCCCACAGAGGAUUAUUCGUUCGCCAAGUACAACAAGCCACCUCAAGUGCUACGGUAUACAGAGGAGGAAUACAAGAGCCUGCUCUACCACCCUCGCUGGACCCGGGAAGAGACUGACGCCCUUAUGGAUAUCUGUGCUCGGUUCGGCCCGCGUUUCAUUGUCGUUGCCGACCGUUACAACACGGACAUCGAGCGUCACAAUGCGAGCAUUCAUCAGCCCGUGGCUCCAAGUCGUGCCAGUGCAUCGACGGGGGCGUCUGCUGCUGCUGCUGCUGGCGGUGGUGCUGCUGGGAAUGGUGGUGCUGAUGCUGCGUCUACUGAUGCUGCAGCUGCUGGUGCGGAUGCUGAUGGUCGGACUUGCAAGGAAGAGCCGUUUUCAGGGACUGGGGCAAUGAAAGUCGAGCCUAGGGAGACCGCUGCAGGUGCAGGGAAUGCAGGGGCAGGGGCGGCAGGAAGGGCGGCAGGUGGGGCGGCAGGGGUUGGAGCUUCUGUAGCAAAGGCUGGGGAACGAAGGUCAAGUGCGGUGAAGAGGAAGGAAAGGACGAUGGAGGAGAUUAAAGAGCGGUACUACGAUGUUACCAAGAAGCUCCUUGCUUCACGAGCAGCAGCAGGAGAGGAGGUGCCCAUGGGUCUACUGCCAAAGGAUGGUUACAACAUGCGUGCUGAGGUGGAGCGCAAGACCCUGCUGGCCGCACAGCUGGCGCUGACUCGGCGCCAGCUGGCAGAGGAGGAGAAGGUGCUGGCAGAGGCAGAGAAGAUUCAUAAAGCCCGGGUGCUGGCAGAGGCAGAGAGGAUUCUCAAGGCGCAGGGAUGGAGUGAGGAGCAGUUGCAAGAGCACAAGGAGAGAUUGCAGUGGAGUGGAGGGAGAGGGAGAGGGUUUGAGACGUGUGUCAAAGCCAUGUUGUGUGUUGCAUGUUGCUGUCUCCCCGUGUGGUUCCACAGGCCUCCAUUCCGCCAUCCCCCAUGCUCUCCUCUCGAGCCCCACCAGCAGCACCAGUCACUCCUCUGCACGACAGCUGCCUCCAUUCCCCCCUCCCCCACCCUCUCCUCUCGAGCACCACCAGCAACACGAGUCACCCCUUUGCAAGACACCCACGUGGCACCUCCAUCUGUGCCCGCAUCAGCAUCCACGUCAGCAGCUGCCCAUGCUGACGUGGUGCCAGCUCACGCGCCCGAGCGGACACGUCAGCAUGCGGUGUCAGCAGGAGGGUCUCGGGGCGCCCUUGCUGCUCCAGUGUCAGCCCAGGCUGGGAAUGCGAGAGUGCCGCGGGUGUUUGUGCGGGGUCCGCGUCUUGCCUCCACCCUCCUUGCCUCCACCACCACUGCGGGCGCUAGAAUGGCCAAGCGCAUUGAAAACACGCUUCAAGAGCUGGGUGCCCUUGGCCCACGCGUGCCCACGCGGGAGGUGUGCGCGGAAUACAGCGCCCUCUCCCCCCUCCUCUUCCUUCCACCCUCAUCCCCCACUCAUUCUCUCCACACCCCAGGUGCCCUUGGCCCCACGAGUGCCCACGAGGGAGGUGUGCCUCUGGCACCCCGCGUGCCCACGCGGGAGGUGUGUGCGGAGUACGUGGCACUGAGGAAAGAGGUGGUUGCGCUGCUGAACCUUCAAAAGAAGGUACACUGGGGGGAGGAGGAGGAGGAGGAGGAGGAGGAGGAGGAGGAGGAGGAGGAGGAGGAGGAGGAGGAGGAGGGGUGGGGGGAGGAGGAGGAGGAGGGGUGGGGGGAGGAGGAGGAGGAGGAGGGGUGGGGAGAGGGGGAACAGAGAAGGGGGGAGGAGGUGUACCACCAACUGCUGCUCCAGCAGUAG